CUUUCUUGUUCUCUGAGGGACCGACUGAACAUAGAGCUUCCGGAACUACAUCAGAACUGUAUUCGCCGAUAAAUAUUGGAAUCCGCCAACAUCUGUACAAAAUAAGACAUAAUCGAAGUUUCUGAAGAUGAAAUCGUUUCUGGGGAACUUCGUUUUAUUCUUAUUACUCGUAUUACCAUCGACAUUGCUUUUGUGUGGAAAUGGGAAUACAGGAAGUUUGGUUGCCUAUGCUGAUGAAGACCAUGGAGAUGCCAUGGAAGGAGAAGAAGAUGACGAUGCCAAUGUGGAAACUGAGGAUGCAGGGGAAGAUGAAGGUGCAGCAGUAACCGAGACAGAAAAGACUGAUGAAGAAGAAGAAGAGGAAGCUGAACAGUUGAAGCCUUCCGAAGAUGCUGAUGCUGUCAUUUUGUUCACAAAGCCUGUUGAUUCUACAGACCUUCCUGCUGGUCAGUUGGUGAGGUUCCUUGUUGGAUUUACAAAUACUGGAGAUAAGACCUUCACCGUGGAGACCUUAGAAGCAUCCUUCCGUUACCCACAAGAUUACAGCUUCUACAUCCAGAAUUUCACCACUGCUACAUACAAUGCUGAGGUUGAAGGGAGCAAACAGGCCACAUUUGAGUAUGGAUUUACACCCAGUGACACAUUUGCAUCUCGACCAUUUGGACUGACAAUUCUAUUGAACUACAAAGAUGAUGCUGGAACCCAAUACCAACAUGCUGUUUAUAAUGACACCGUAAACAUUAUAGAACCUGAUGAGGGUCUGGAUGGUGAAACAUUCUUCAUGUACCUGUUCCUUGUGGCCAUUGCUAUCCUCCUCAUCGUUGUAGCCCAGCAGUUUUUAGGGUCUGUCACAAAAAAGCGUCUGAUAAAGCCUCGGCAACCUGUAGAGAUGGGUACACAGAACUCCGAUAUCGACUUCGACUGGAUCCCAAAGGAAGCACUUCAGAUGAACACCUCCCCAAAGCGAUCCCCAAAGCAAUCACCGAGGCAGAGGAGGAGCAAGAGGACCGCCGGGUCCGGCGAAGAGUAAUCAUAGAACUCCUCUGUCUCAUUGAAGUCGCUCUCCAACUUAGGUCGCUCAUACCUGUACAGCGAGAAUACAAUAGCUUUGUCGAUUGUAAAGCGGUUAUAAAAUUAUUCACAAGAAACCAUGUCUACCUUUAGUUUGCUGUUAACUUCUAGAUCUCUAUAUAAGUAUUUUGUUCAGGUGGUGCGAGGAUGAACGUAGAAGAAAGGUGGUGACAGAUACCUCAUAUGAAAUGCAUUUUGAGUUUGUGUGAAGAUAUUAGUGAUGAAGUACUGUGAUGAAAAAUUCCAAGUCCUCAUUCCAAAAUGCUUGCAAUUUUUUGUAUUGCUCAAUCGAAUGCUAUGCUUUAAAACUUAUCAAAACCAUUGGUCUCACUUUAGAUACUAUGACAAUUAUUUCUAGACUAGCUGUAAAGGGGUUAUAGAUAACCGUUGGAAACAAGAGCUUUCCUCAAAGACCUGAUAAAAUUGGUCUUUUUUCAAGUACAGUAAGUGAAUGGCAGCAGGAAAGUUCAGGUUUACAACAACUUUAGUUCUGGAAUAGAAUUGAUCCUUGAGACGACACAAACUAUACAAUGUGAAGUGCACCGGUGUAACAACUUUAUCAAUGGCUGUAACAUUGGUACAUUACAAGUAUUCUCAGACAUUGUAAAAAUAUUGAGAUCAAUGGUGUUUGAUUGGCAGCAUCCUUUCGGGUGAGAGUUGGUGCAGUGAGAGAGUUGAUGGUAAUGGGAAUAUAUGCAUGUGUACAAUAGCUGUUUAAACUCUGGUAACUGGGAUAGAAAAACUGUCUUCUGUAAAGUUGUGUUUUGUCCUUAAUUAUGACUUGUGAUAUAUUUAAAUCGACAUUUGUGAUUUAUAGUAUAGAUUUAUACUAGAAAUAUUCAUACAAAGCUGCAAUAUUUUUGUGUUAUUUGAUAUGACUAAAUUUCUAAUUGGAUAAAGAACACUAACCUGGUAGGAAUUUUCAUAUGUAUUUUUAAUACAAUUUAAACGUGAAAAAUGCAAGGUUCAUACUAUUUAAACUUUAAAAAUUUGAAUAACUUUCACGUUUGUAAGUGCUGGAGUUGGUUUCUUUAAUGAUUUUAUUGACUUCUAGUCAAGCUGUGUAUGUUGGAGCGAUCAGCAGUAGAUGCUAAGAUGAAGACUUUCAAUUUGUAAGUCGUCUUAAAGUAUUUUGUAUUAUUCCACAUUUCUGGAAAUAAAACAUUUUUUCGUAAAA